AUGAUAGAGACGGUAAACAAGGAGACUUUGGUGGAAGUCAACACAGCGCAGGUUGACCCACUGGGUCGGGCGGCUACGACAGGACAUAUGACAGAGUCGACAGAGUCGACGAGCGACUCUAACGACCUCUACGAACCAGUGCAUGCAAAAGAGAAUAGUGGAUGGUACCCUCAAAACCCAGCAGGACGAUCGGGAUACGACACCACCAACAUACCCAAGGCCAUUGCUGUGAUAGACCGAUACACCGGUGGACCGGAUUACACUAAGCAGCGACAAGAGCCACUCGACGACUGGGAACAAGCGAAGAAGGCCGCGGAACUUAAUAACGCCUUCCAAGAUGGUAGCAUUGUGUACCAACCGGGACUCUUAUGGGACAUCCCACGCCUCGCCAACUAUCGACAGACGAAUGAAGUAAACACCCCGGAAAGUCUCUCAGAAGAAGAAGCCAGGAAACUCGAAGAAGAAAACGAGACAGCCAUCAAACGGAUACAAGACGCCAUCAACUACACGAUGCAAAUUCGAAACAACAGCGAAGUUAGAGACACCCUCCAACACAUGCGGAAAACCCGAGACCGCCGCAUCGCACUACGCGGAAACACCCGAGGACAGUAUCAACUCAAGUACAAAGCAACCCAAUUUGUCUACCGACCCCAAAACGAUGGAAAGACGGAACGAACCCUCGCGGUAGCCAGCAAAUACGCCCGCAAAGCCACCGAGCAAUUGGAUGAAAUGCUAAGACAACAACAAUUCAGGGACGCCAGCACCCAGACCCGAGUAUACCAAGCAAAGGACAACCUAAGCCAACGAUAG